AGCAGUUGUACCGUGGAUAUUUAUUUUUUGUGGUAAGUCCUAAUCUGCAGCGAGUGAACGACCCACUUCCUUUGUUGUUUCCUUUUUUCACGCUCCAGGAGUGAAUAUGUCGUACAAUAAGCAGAACGCCCCAAGAGGGCCGUCUAUGGGCCCUGCUACUCAGACACGUCCGCGUGAACAGCGUGGGCGGGAAGAGGGCGGACCGCGCUCCUUAACCAGGGAACGACUAUCAAAUGGAAAAAUCCCCCCUCCCCAUAUCGAAAACGAGAUUUGUGAUGCUGUAUUUGAGUACACAAAUCGAGUUGUAAUGCUAGAAGGCCAAGAGACGCAGCUGUAGCCUCGUUUGCAGGCAAUUUGUCAUGCUGUUUCCCACUUCCAGCUGCCCCCUGUCAUGCUGAAGAUGCAAGGCUUUCCGACGCCAACCAGCACUACAGUCCGCAUCUUUCCCCUUCUAGCAUGACAAAGCUGAUUUGUGACCACAAAUCUGCAUCACAAAUUUCUAGUUUGAGUAUGGAGUGGGGGGAUUUUUCAUUUUGAUAACGACAACAGCAGAUGGUGGCCAAGAGCAGAUCCAACAGCGGCCCAGGGAUCCGAGAUAGAAGCCACGGCGGUGGAAGUGGUGCUGCUACUGCAGUCGAUGCGCGAGUUGUGCUCCCGUCACUGCACUACUUGUACGCGAAUGUCGACGUCCAGGAAUACGAACUCGCCACGCUGCUCGCAUGGGACCAAGCACUAUCAAGUGUAAAAAUGUCUGGGUCUGGAAGAUUCUGAGACUGGUCAUGCACAUUCUGCAUGAGCCAUGAGGUCUAGAAUGCGAGACCUAGCAUGACAGAUUCUGUGAGAUGAUCCGUGUCAUGCCUAUCCUGCAUUAGAAACUUCCUCUCAACUUGGUCAAAAGUGGACAGCUUUUGGCAUUCAUGCAACACAGAUUUUUGCACGAUCCAGAAUUAGCAUUACAAGUUGCAAUCUUCCAGACCCAGACAUUUUUGCAAUUCAUAAGCAGGCCGAUAUCACAACAUGCUACUUACGACGAUGGAUGUUUUUGCCUGCGCUCUGUCUGUCAUGCCUUUGUGUUUGCCACGAGCGGGGCCGGUACAAACGAACCGCUGCAUGACUGCCUCGGAGUGUUUGUAUCAGAGUUUUUUGAAGAUUUCCCGCCCCUUUCCGUGCUGAUAAAUUUCGUUUUUCCAUGCGCAAAUCCGCACCGGGAUUGUUCGUUGGAAGCAUGCCAGGCAGCGCAGUCGGACGUUUUUCUUCGCGAAACCCUGUCGGUGCAUAUCUCAUGUCAAAUCAGUGUCACAAACCCAUUAGAUACACGCAAGCGGCGCAUUUAUGUAUCUUUCCUGCGAAUCAUGCGAAGCAACUGCGGUCGGACCACUGCGUGCUUUGCUUUCAUACGCUGCGAAUGUGAUUUUGAUUUUUCCGCGGUGCGUGCUCAUGCAUUACAAGUCGCCCUUUUAGACAGUGAUUUGCCAUGCGAUACUUACGAAAGCAAUUGCUGCAGCUGAGGAAAUAUCAAAUGCAAAUAUGUCUGGGUCCUCUGGAAGGAUGCAACCUUAUCGUAGUCAUGCUAAGUCUCAAUCACAAAAACAUCGUGUAUUGCAUGUGCGCCAAAAGUUGCCCAGCUCCUGCCAGGAGGUCUCGCUAAAUCUCUGAUGCUUUUGUGUGCAUUCCAGACUGUGUCAUGUGCAUUCCUGCAUACUUCUAGAACCAGACAUAUUUGCAAUGCAUAGGGACAUCUUGGAUGACGUUCCGUACAAAGAAGAAUACCCUCUAGCGGACCUGGACGCCAAGAUACAGAUCGUCAGGCACCUCGAGACACUAUGGCUACACGAGACGGAACGGAUCACUGAUGCAUUCAGACAAGGUAAAAGUCAAUCCUCCACUGAUGGUUUUGUUUGGAUCUAACAUUGAAUGAGGGGCUAGCUUUUUUCUGUUUGUCAUUUUUAGCUGCCCCAUGAUCUCUUUCUACUUGCGUUGUAUCCUCCCAGUCGACAAUUUAUAAACGCAUGAAGUGUAACGAAGUAGUGGUAGAUCAUCGCAAAGACAAUAUAACGCACAGGUACACCCUGCUGCACCGAGACCGAGCACACAGGAGCUGCAGUUGCAGAAGAAAAAGGAUAUUACUUCGACGACAACCUCACCCUCGACACUCCGCUUUCCGCCGAGCGAAAACUGCAGGAGCAGGUUGAAUUAAUCCAUGGCAAACCUCCUGUACUGCCCCAAGACCUGUUAGUAGAGAACACAUGUUUAUUCUUCUGGAGAUUGUCAUGCGAUCGUCAGAGCGAAACUGGUUGACAAGUGUGCAAGAUGUAGCCCAUCGCGACUUUGUGAUUAGGUUAAAGCACCACCAGCCGCGAUGCUCUUCUUUCCCAAAGCUGUAUCACCAUGUCUUGGGCUGGCAGGUUGCUUUGCGUUGCAUAAAAAUUCGCGCUUCCACAGCCCGGCGAUUUCUUCCCUGUAUUCAUUGCACAUAUCUCUGGGUCUGGAAGAGCUCCAACUUGUCAUGCUAGGUUUGGAUCAUGCAGAAAUCUGUGUUGCAUGCUUACCAAAAGUUGAUGUCCACUCUUUCCCAACUUGCGAGGGGGCCGUUUCUCAUGCAGGAUGAGUAUAAUAGAGAGCUCACAGGAUCUGUCAUGCUACCUGCUGUAUUCCAGACCGCAUGGGCCAUGGAAAAUCUGGACGACAAGUGCUACUCCCUUCCAGGCCCAGACAUGUUUGCAUCUGAUAGGACUGGCCGAUGCUGGGUAAGGAAACUGUGUACUUAUCUUGUUGAAUGACGAUCCGCACCAGAACGAUAUUCUAUUUUUUUCUCCAAUGAUAAGAAACAAAUAUUUUCUUUCUCAGCGACGAUACCACACCGAUUUUCGUGUGGUUUAACUGGACGAAACAAAUGAGAUUUCCUCACCCCAACACAGGUGACCCAGUGUCGUAUCUUGUCCUCUACAUUAACAAGCUCGUUCUGGACACCGAGAUAGCAAUCGGGAACUGGAUCUACACGCAGUUUUACAACCCCCUCGCAGCUACGAACCCAAUAAGACGGCCUUCUCGCGGAGCAGAAGACGAGAUGUGCACUAUUGUCAGCAAAACUCUACUCCAACUCCAUGCAACUUGAAAGGGUAGUUAUUUGUGGUGCGCGUUUUGGGUACAGAAGUCAACUUGUGUCGCAUGAAUCGAGCACCAGAUGGACUUUCAGUCACAUUCUUGCUUUGCGUAUCUGACUUUUGGAGCUGUGCGGGUAGCUACAACAGGGGCGUCUGUCAUGCCGAAUAGGUUUGAAUUCUAUUCCAGGUCCAGACAAGCGGAGCACUUGCAUCAAAUAAACCCAUCUGCCGUCGGGCUGCAAUGCAAAUUGGAUUGUGUACACAAAUCUGCGGUGCCACACUAUGGGAUUCUCGAACGUUACAUUCUCAACUCUUACAUGAUUUGUCAUGCAAAAUUACCACUGCGCAUGACAAAUUCUGAGAGGGCUAAACAGCACUAUAAUCCGCACCAAACCUUAAUGCAAGACGCGCAAGGUUCUCCCUCCCACCUGUGCUAGUCUUGCAUUGCAAAUUCAUGUAACAGUUGAGAAUGUAACGUUUGAGAACGCCAUACACACCCUUGCCAUUUUGCAGUGGGCGAUUUUUCAUUUGCAUAGCGCCGUUGGACAUCGGAUCUCGAAUUAAAAAGGAAAAGGAGAGUAUCAACCUCAAAUAUGUCGGGGUCUGAAAGGUGCGACUUGUGAUGCCGUCUCUGGGUUGUACAAAAAUCUGUAUUGCAUUAGUAGCAACAAGAACGAAGUUUUUGCUGUGGGGAGAGGACAGUUCUCGUCAUCCGGAAUACUCAAGCAUCAGCAAAUCUGUGAUGCUAUGCCAUGAAUUACGGGCAUCAUGGGCCAAGGCCAUGCGAAAUAUGCAUGACAAACCUGGCAAUCUUCAAGCCCCAGACAUAUUUGCCGUUGAUAGAGAUGCUGAAAGAGCAACUGAACGACGCAAAGGAGAAGUUGCUAAAUACGCUACCGAAAAGUUUACCCACACGACGAAAGAAUAUGAAGUUGUGCGCAGCUCCGCUUUAGUCACUCUGGGUAACAAAAAUCUGUAAUGCGGAGAGGAUGGUGAUGAGGCAGUAUCAUGCAGAACGCAGUUUAUCAUCGCUAAUAGCAAUGAUAAAAGAGAUAAAUUACAAGAGUAAAGCUUGUCAUGCAGAACAAACAAAAAAAACAACUAAAAACGCACACUCUUUUUCUUUGAAGGUAUGGAUAUGCUUUGCUGCAGAAUAAAAACGGGAACUUAUCAAAUGGAAUUCAUGUGCCCUCACCGCAGGUAGCGCUGUGCAAAUGUGUAUUCUGAAAAAAAUCAAUUGUCAAGGAGGGAAAUUGUGAUGCCGAAUUGCGAACACAAAGCAAGAAACUAUGGUGUUGCUAGAAGGCAUAGAUAAGUACACAGCCGAGGCCUGGUAGGUAGGUUCCCAGCGUAUACCGGCUUGAUGCGGACUUUUAUCGACGAGGUAUCGUCUCCGCCGACGGAACAAAGUGGUACGCUGGCAAAAAUCUUCCAGUCUCUCAGCACAAUGCAGCAAGAAAAAAUUCCUCAUGUUAACAGAUACUUGUGCUGCUAGAUGAAAUGCGAUGUAGUGCAAUAUUUGGUUGUUUGGACUGAAAGCUUUUUCAAGAUCACGUCGACCACCAUCGCACAAUACGGGUUCAAUCACACUUUGGGUACAGAGGUUUAUAUACUAUAUUUUUCUCGGUGCUAACUGUGCAUGUUAGAAGGAAGAAGAACGUUGUAAAGUAUUUAUAUCAUGCGCGCAAAAUCAACUACGUUUUGGUGUACUGCAAGAACAAAAAUAUAGAUUCAAAUUUGUCAAAAAACCGCAGAUGAAGACGGCUCCCUGAAAGGAUCUGCGGUCAAGCCGGGCGAAAUAGGAAUUGCCUAUGGAUUGCAAAUAUGUCUGGGUCUGGAAUCUUGCCUGAUUUCGUCACAAAGCUUUUGUUGGCUUCGUGAUGCCUACUUCGCAUGAAACAUGCCGUCUCCGCGUAAGUAGCACAACUUUGACUACUUGUCUUGCGGCUCAUGCAAUACAGGUUUUUUUAAGAAUCCCAGUGCAGCAUGACAAGUCACAUCCUUCCAGACCCUCCAGACAUAUUUGUACUUCAGAUUGCACAUUUCGCGAAGAUACCGGACUCGAACUUGUUGCUCAAGAGUACAGAUGAUACAGUCUUUUCUGUUUUUGAAUGUGUAUGCAAUUAAUAUUAACUUUUCCGAGGUUUUGUGUGGAAAUAAAGUUUGUCUCCUACGUACUGUACACGCGCUUCCUCAACCACAUCAACAAAAAAAAAUAGCUGGAAUGAAGUUGGUCCGAGAAGAAACUGCCGAUCUACGAAGCGAGCUGUCAAAGUAUCAAAUGUAAAAAUGUCUGGGUCUGGAAGAAUGCGCGAUUUGUCAUGCAGCUUUUCCAUGACCCAUGAAGCCUGGAAUGCAGGACCUAGCAUGACAGAUUCUGUGCGGUCUCUCUCAAUCUCAUGCCUAUCCUGCAUGAGACACUCCCUCCCGGCUUGGUCAAAACUGGACGACUUUUGGUAAUCAUGCAACACAGAUUUUUGCACGCUUCGAAUUUAGCAUGACAAGUUGCAUUCUUCCAGACCCGGACACUUUUACAUUUGAUACCAAGUCGGAGGCGACCAACCUAGAUAUGGCGGAUAUCAUCUUGAAAAGCGCAACAUUCCUGUAAAACAAGACGAGUUGCGUCAGAGUCUUUCGAUGCUGGUCUCCAGCAAUUUCUAGUUGUCAUGUGGCGUAUAAUCAUAUGAUGUGCAUUUUUCAAGGUAAGUAGAAAUAGACAUGACAUGACGGCUACACCAUCCAGUGCGAAGAAGAUCAUAGCUUCGCUCCAUUGUGUGAUGAACCAAUAAAUUCAAUACAAAGCUGUACUCGACGCAGUUGCAACAUGCUUGUGUGUUUCUCAGGAACUGCGCGUUUUCAGUACCAUAGACCCGAAAGUCGCGUCGCUGAGCAGCACGAUCGAAGAACUCAACGUAUGAAUUGCAAAAAUGUUUGGGUCUGGGAGAUUGCAACUUGUCAUGGUAAAUCUGAUACAUGCAAAAAUCUGUGUUGCAUGAGUGCCAAAAGCUGUAAACUUUUGCCCAAGUUGGAAGGUAGUUUCUCAUGCAGGAUAGGCAUGGCAGAGACCUCGCAGAGUCUGUCAUGCUAAGUCCCGCAUGCCAGACCUCACGGGUCAUGGAAAAUCUGCAGGACAAGUCUACACUUUUCCAGACCCAGACAUUUUUGCACUUGAUACCACGCGAAGCAGAUUAAAAUGACGGCCGAGUACGAACAGGAGAUGAACAUGUUGCGAUCCCAACUGCACGGUUUGCUACGCCAGAACCAGGAGUUGAAACUGGAGUUGGACCACAGCCAGAGCACAGGAGGCGGACACCCCGCCGCGUCCCCAACCUCGUCAUCCUCGGGCAGCAAGGGAACGGUGUUUAUGUCGCCACCAACGGAAAAGCAUAUGCAUUCUGCAAACAUGUCUCGGUCUGGAAAUCUGUGAUGCAUGUGAGUGAAUAAUGAGCACACACACACACACGAACUGUGAUGCGCCGUCAAGCAUGACAAAUUGCUUUGUGCUGUCUCUACAUUGUGUAAAUAUUCCGCAGAAGGAGCUUUGUUUUUGCAUGACAGAAAAGAGGAGCUCGCGUUCGUGGCCUCACAUUACUUUUUUCCGAGGCUUCUCAGACUAGCAUGACAAGCCUCGCAAUCUUCGAGAGGACCCGGACAUCUUUGUAAUGCAUACGACCGCAAGAGACGGUACAACUGCCCCCGACGCCGAUGCAAGAGAAGAACGUGCCCAAUGCCUCGCCGUUGGAACACAAGGAAAGCAGGGUCGAAACGGGGGGGAUCGGGACGCCGCGAAAAACACCCACGCUCCAGUAGCAGCAAGAACCACGGACUGGUGCGCAAUAGACGUUUGAUGUUGACUGCAAAACUAAAAACUUUUUUAUGUUCGCAAAACUCAUCGAUAUCACACUUCAGAUUAAAACAAGUAGUUGGACAAUAUUUCUACAGAAAACCAUCCAAGGUAGAUUUUGCUUCAGUCGAGCUCCUCCAUUGCAUAAUGUAGUAAAAAAGUAGGAUCAGUAAAUAAGACAAGCUCCCGGUCUUGGAGCUGGUGGCGAUUGUAAGAAGAAUCAACAAGAGCUAGAGCUGCAGCUGGAAUGAUUUAAUCGUCCGUAUUAGAAUCUUGAAUUUUGCCUUCUGACGACGAAUAUGGGAUUCCAUAAAACACAAAGAAAUAUAUUCAAGCAAAUUUGCGCCGCGAGCUUGCUAAGUGUAGCAUACUUUGUCUGCUGGCUCUACGCUGGUGUUCACCCUCAAGCAGCUCUUGAAUGGAUCACGCAUUUCGAAGGCGUCUCUUGCGCUCCUUGCUGUUUUUCAAUAAUG